UCCAUCAUUAAUGUCAUUGCCUCUUUCGUUUUCUGCUGCUGCUGCCGCAGCCUCAUUACCUCCAUCAACAUCUUCUUCAUCAUCAUCAUCAUCAUCAUCAUCAUCAUCAUCAUCAUCAUCAUCAUCAUCAUCAUCAUCAUCAUCAUCAUCAUCAUCAUCAUCAUCAUCAUCAUCAUCAUCAUCAUCAUCAUCAUCAUCAUCAUCAUCAUCAUCAUCAUCAUCAUCAUCAUCAUCAUCAUCAUCAUCAUCAUCAUCAUCAUCAUCAUCAUCAUCAUCAUCAUCAUCAUCAUCAUCAUCAUCAUCAUCAUCAUCAUCAUCAUCAUCAUCAUCAUCAUCAUCAUCAUCAUCAUCAUCAUCAUCAUCAUCAUCAUCAUCAUCAUCAUCAUCAUCAUCAUCAUCAUCAUCAUCAUCAUCAUCAUCAUCAUCAUCAUCAUCAUCAUCAUCAUCAUCAUCAUCAUCAUCAUCAUCAUCAUCAUCAUCAUCAUCAUCAUCAUCAUCAUCAUCAUCAUCAUCAUCAUCAUCAUCAUCAUCAUCAUCAUCAUCAUCAUCAUCAUCAUCAUCAUCAUCAUCAUCAUCAUCAUCAUCAUCAUCAUCAUCAUCAUCAUCAUCAUCAUCAUCAUCAUCAUCAUCAUCAUCAUCAUCAUCAUCAUCAUCAUCAUCAUCAUCAUCAUCAUCAUCAUCAUCAUCAUCAUCAUCAUCAUCAUCAUCAUCAUCAUCAUCAUCAUCAUCAUCAUCAUCAUCAUCAUCAUCAUCAUCAUCAUCAUCAUCAUCAUCAUCAUCAUCAUCAUCAUCAUCAUCAUCAUCAUCAUCAUCAUCAUCAUCAUCAUCAUCAUCAUCAUCAUCAUCAUCAUCAUCAUCAUCAUCAUCAUCAUCAUCAUCAUCAUCAUCAUCAUCAUCAUCAUCAUCAUCAUCAUCAUCAUCAUCAUCAUCAUCAUCGUCAUCGUCAUCAUCAUCUUUAUCUUCAUCAUCUUUAUCGUCAUCAUCGCUACCUUCUUCAUCAUCGUCAAAUCUAUCAAAUGCAGAAUAUUUAUCGACUCUUAAAUUCAUUACUUUUAAACUCAGUGUACCUUCACAUAAACUUUCCCUUGUUCUUGACCCGUCUGUAUGGGGUUCCUUUGUUCAAUUAAAAGAAUUUAUUACACAUAAGAAAAUCGAGAACAGUUCGCCAACAACAACAAUAACACCUUCACCUCCUCCAACGACAAUAGCAACUGCCAAUCCACCACCAACAACAAUAUCAACUGCACCUCCACCUUCAUCAAUGCAAUUACAAGAACAAGAGUCACUUCAAUCGCCACAUCAGCCUUCUCAGUGA